AUGGAACCUGGUGGUGUUGAGCUGAACAAGGAUGAGUGUGUGGUGGUGUGUAAGCCAGUGCGUUUGAGUGAGGCGUGCAUACUGACCUACUCGUGUCAACGACGCAUUUCUACUUCUGUCUUCUUUCUCUUGUCCAAUAAGGCGGCUGUGAUAUCUUGGGUAUUUAGAAUCCAGCAUGAUACCGGCAGCUACAUUCGCAAUGGGCCCUUGUCGUUUGAUGUGAACACGGAAGAGUCUAAAUUGUGCGCCAAGCAAAUCAAGACUCUGACGAUCGGUGAUACCUGCACACGCUAG